CAGAAGAGAAUGUCAUAUAACGUGGUUUAGGCUCAAGUUAAAGGUGACUAAAACUUUGAUUUUAUGAUUUUUUUUGUCUACAUUGAUUACAGCAUAAGGCGUUAAGACAAGUGCUCAAUUAGGAUAUAGAACCAACCCAUUACUUAUUGAGCGAUGUUCAAAGAUAAAGAAAAAGAAAACUUAUACACUACUUCCAGUCUUGAGCAAAAAAAAAAUGUAUUGAUAAACCAUCAAUGAUGGUGACAAUUAUUGAUUGUUUCUUCCUCUUUGCAAAAUUUCCACUCAAGAUGGUAAAUAAACAAGUUACAAAACUGUAUCCCAUUCAACUUUAAUAAAAAUCAAAGAUUUCUAUUUACCUUUAGAAUGGAAGCCUGAUAAAGACUUUAUUAGUAAAUCGUUGCUAAAAGAUACAAUCUGGUUGUUCACUCUUUGAUUGGUAAUGUAUUUCAUUACUUGUAUAAGAACCAGUAUCUAUUCAGCACUUAGACUGUAUAUAGAUGCAAAUAUUCUUGCCAGCAGUUAUAGUAUAGCUCAAACAGCAUGGACUGCCAAAAAAGUUGUAUAUACUUUGUAUGUCUCGCAAAAUGCAAAUGAUGAAAGACUUGUUCCAAUACUUAUCACUCUUUAUGAGGAAGUUGACCAGGUCAUCAUGUUGGAUAAUAUUGUACACUCUAUUAUGGUUGCCGAAGAAUUCGGGAUUUUGCCUGCAGUUCUGAUUAUCUCUAUCAAAGGCUCCUCUAAUCUGAUGAUGCUUUAUUAUUUUUAGUGCAAUGUAAAUCUAAACAAAUGUUUCCUGUUUUUUCCUGAUUUAGUCAACAUAGUAUGCGAUGGGUGAGCGCAUACCUUCACUUGCAGCAUUAUGUUAGUUUAUAUCUGAUCCAAACAAAACACUUUCUAUUGACUACAGCAGCCAAAAUAAACAAAUGAAGCUGCAACAAAUCAAAAAACGUUAAAUACAAUCUUAUUUUUAGUAAAUCAAGCAUAAUUUCUCUUUUCUAAGCUUGAUGCGACUACUAAAGAAAAACACUCGGCUCACUGCCUGUUUAAUUGGUUUCUCUUCAAAAGAAAAUAACGACAUGAGCAUUGAAUUCUGUCAAUGAGACAAUAUCUUAGAACAGCCAAAGAAUGUAUUGCUGAAUAAUUUCUUAAAGUAUUGCGAAGCUUAUUUUCAUUUUCAAUGACAUUAUACACUUAUUUUGGAAUGAAGUAGUACUUGAUAAGCAUCAAAUGAAGAACGAUAUCAACGCCUUUUUUUUUUUGGGUU